GAGAUUUCGGAUUGCGCAGUGGAGAACAGCCGUCCGCCAUCACUGCAUACAAGCUAACACUAGCCAAAACCACUGAGGAGAACGACUGACAACAACACAACAGACACACAGGGCGACCUAAUUCCCACAGGGGAGGUCACCGAGUUUCUCUGUCGCUUUCCGGGCGCUGAAAGCAAAUUAGCAGCUGCCUUUCAUGUAGUCUUUAAGUCAACUUAGAAAGGAUAGUCGUUGCAACUAAUCAUGUCCAACAUCAAAAGCACCACCAAGAAGGACACCAAGAUGAGGAUACGAGCCUUUCCUAUGACAAUGGAUGAGAAAUAUGUGAACAACAUCUGGGACCUUCUAAAGAAUGCUAUCCAGGAGAUUCAGAGGAAAAACAACAGUGGACUGAGCUUUGAGGAGCUGUACAGGAAUGCCUACACAAUGGUGCUCCACAAACAUGGAGAGAAGCUGUACACAGGCCUGAGGGAGGUGGUCACUGAGCACCUCAUCAACAAGGUACGGGAAGAUGUCCUAAACUCCUUAAAUAAUAAUUUUCUGCAAACACUGAAUCAGGCCUGGAAUGACCACCAGACUGCCAUGGUCAUGAUCAGAGACAUCCUCAUGUACAUGGACAGGGUCUAUGUUCAGCAAAACAAUGUGGAAAAUGUCUACAACCUCGGCCUCAUCAUAUUCAGAGACCAGGUGGUGCGCUACGGCUGCAUUCGGGAUCACCUGCGACAGACCUUACUAGACAUGAUUGCACGGGAAAGAAAGGGAGAGGUUGUAGACAGGGGAGCUAUCAGAAAUGCCUGCCAAAUGCUGAUGAUUCUAGGCCUGGAUGGCAGGUCUGUAUACGAGGAGGACUUUGAGGGUCCUUUCUUAGAUAUGUCAGCAGAAUUCUUUCAGAUGGAAAGCCAAAAGUUCUUAGCGGAAAACUGUGCCAGUGUCUACAUAAAGAAGGUAGAGGCCAGAAUCAAUGAAGAGAUUGAGCGAGUUAUGCAUUGCCUGGACAAGUCCACAGAGGAACCCAUUGUCAAAGUAGUGGAAAGGGAGCUAAUUUCAAAACACAUGAAGACCAUUGUGGAGAUGGAGAACUCUGGCUUGGUCCAUAUGCUUAAGAAUGGAAAGACGGAAGACCUGGCAUGCAUGUACAAGCUGUUCAGUCGUGUGCCAAAUGGCCUGAAAACGAUGUGCGAGUGUAUGAGCUCUUACUUGAGAGAGCAAGGCAAAGCUCUGGUGUCAGAAGAGGGAGAGGGCAAGAACCCCGUUGACUACAUUCAGGGUUUGCUAGACCUGAAAACACGAUUUGAUCGGUUCCUCCUUGAGGCCUUCAACAACGACAGACUCUUCAAACAAACUAUAGCUGGAGAUUUUGAGUAUUUCCUGAACCUCAAUUCCCGCUCUCCAGAGUACCUUUCACUCUUUAUUGAUGACAAGCUCAAGAAGGGAGUCAAAGGGUUGACGGAACAGGAAGUGGAGUCGAUUCUUGACAAGGCCAUGGUGUUGUUCCGGUUCAUGCAGGAGAAGGAUGUUUUUGAAAGGUACUACAAGCAGCAUUUGGGUCGUCGGCUGCUCAGUAACAAGAGUGUCUCAGACGACUCAGAAAAGAACAUGAUCUCUAAGCUCAAGACAGAGUGCGGCUGUCAGUUCACCUCGAAACUGGAAGGGAUGUUCAGAGACAUGAGCAUCUCCAACACUACCAUGGAUGAGUUCAGGCAACACAUACAAACUACAUCAGCAUCUUUAAGUGGUGUGGACCUCACAGUAAGAGUCCUAACUACUGGCUACUGGCCCACACAGUCUGCAACACCUAAAUGCACCAUCCCCCCUGCUCCCAGACACGCCUUUGAAGUCUUCAGACGAUUUUACCUAGCUAAGCACAGUGGUAGACAGCUCACAUUACAGCAUCACAUGGGUGGAGCUGACCUAAACGCAACUUUCUAUGGAGCUGUUAAAAAGGAGGAUGGUUCAGAAUUGGGUAUGGGAGGUGCCCAGGUGACAGGGUCUAACACUCGCAAGCACAUACUACAGGUCUCCACCUUCCAGAUGACCAUCCUCAUGCUCUUCAACAACAGAGAAAAGUGCGCUUUUGAGGAGAUUCAGCAGGAAACAGAUAUUCCAGAGCGAGAGUUGGUGCGAGCAUUACAGUCUUUAGCGUGCGGGAAACCCACACAGCGAAUUCUCACUAAGGAGCCCAAGUCCAAGGAGAUAGAAAAUGGACAUGUGUUUACAGUCAACGAUCAGUUUACCUCGAGACUGCACAGAGUCAAAAUUCAGACAGUUGCUGCUAAACAAGGUGAAUCAGACCCUGAAAGGAAAGAGACUCGGCAGAAAGUGGAUGACGACAGGAAGCACGAGAUUGAGGCAGCCAUUGUCCGAAUCAUGAAGUCGAGGAAGAAGAUGCAACACAAUGUCCUGGUUGCAGAGGUCACUCAGCAGCUCCGGGCACGUUUUCUUCCAAGCCCUGUGGUAAUCAAAAAGCGGAUAGAGGGACUUAUAGAAAGAGAAUACUUGGCGAGGACACCAGAGGACCGUAAAGUGUACACCUACGUUGCAUAGAAGACGAACUGUGAAGGAGACGACGAAGAGACUGGAUUGGAGGGAGGGGGAGGGGUAGUUGUUUUUCUUUGGACUGUUGUUACGCAUGGACUGGAAGUUUCUUUUAGAGACAGACACUGGGAACCCGACUCAUCGCCCCUUCCAAAAAAUACAGUAAACACAUAAAUGGGGAAUAAAAAUCUUACUACAGGAAAAAAGAAUCCAUCAAAAUCUUCUAGAUGAUUUUUAAAUCUGGCCAAACUUCCUGUUCCCUGAGAGUUUUAACA